AUGAAAUGCUCUGGAAUCGAAAAACGUGCCACAGUUUCGUGUGCAGAUGCCCAUGUGUGCCCGCCAGCGCCACAUGUACGGACACAACUGCGGAUUGUCGUGACAGAGGUCCUACGCACAUUCCAGCCAAUCUACCCAGCUCCACUAAAGAAUUGCGUCUCGAAAAAAACCAGAUUACCUACCCCACCCAAAGCCAUCCAAAACUUACGAAACCUAAAAAGAUUGAAUAGUUGGCUGUGCUUCAAGAAGAAAAUAUCGAGACAAGUGGGGCAAGAUGUAAAGCGCCAAAAAGGGUUUCUCGUUGCUUUGCCUCCUACUAAUUUCGAUGUAAAGGAAUUGAGGCCUAUCAAACUCAACGAGCCGACGAAUGUUUCAUUGAUGUUGACUGUCAUGACUGUUGACCGGCACAAUGUACAUGCCAUGGCGCAGUUGUUGAUUGCAGAACUGCUGUGCAGCUGUAAAAUCAAAACGAAGGCGGCUAAGAAUAACCAGUGGGCAAAUAAAACACACCGUAGUCACGAUUGUUCGCAAAUGCCAAUGUUCAAAUGCAUGUCAAGCCAGAACCUAUCGUUCUUUGCUGACUAG